AUGAAUCCGGCUUCCGUGCAUUUAUGUUUUUUUCCCCGGAAGAACAGGCAUGUCGCAUCUGAUUGCCAACAGAUGUCAUCAUUAAUGUUGGUGAAGUUAAUUCUACCUUCACAAGGCCAUUUUUAUGUUGCUUUGCGGUUCCCUCUACUGUCUAAGAGCCGUCACUUGCAAGAACUAGUGCUGAAAGCCAGUGAAGAAUGCUGUGAUGGGAUUAAUAUGAUUGAUUUUCCGGGUGGGCCAAAGGCAUUUGAAAUUUGUGCUAAAUUCUGCUAUGGGAUGACCGUUACUUUAAAUGCUUACAAUGUCGUGGCUGCACGUUGUGCUGCUGAAUGCCUAGGGAUGACUGAGGAUGUUGAUCGAGGUAAUCUGAUUUUUAAAAUCGAAGUAUUUCUUAAUUCUAGCAUAUUCCGUAGCUGGAAAGAUUCCAUUAUUGUUCUACAAACCACCAAAUCUGUUCUACCAUGGUCCGAAAACCUGAAGAUCGUUGGAAGAUGCAUUGAUUCCAUAGCUUCUAAAACCUCAGUGGAUCCAGCAAACGUUACUUGGUCCUACACUUAUAACAGGAACCUGUCAGCGUGUGACGAAGUGGCUAAAGAGGGUAUGAAAUUUAGAGAGGAGAUUUUAUCUGUUCCGAAUGAUUGGUGGGUUGAAGAUAUAUGUGAGCUAGACAUUGAUCUCUACAAGCGAGUCCUGACUGCCGUGAAAUCAAAGGGAAGAAUGGAUGGUGUGGCUCUUGGUGAGGCACUGAAAACUUACUCUCUUAGAUGGUUGCCAGAUUCUAUCGAUGCCUUGGUUUCUGAUGUACACUCGUGGAGGAACAAAUUACUUGUGGAAACAGUUGUGUGUUUAUUGCCUUCGGAUAUGGGUGUUGGCUGUUUGUGUAGUUUCUUGUUGAAGCUGUUGAAAGUUGCCAUCCUGGUUGGGGUGGAUGAUUCCUCAAAGGAAGAUUUAUUGAAAAGGAUAAGUUUAAAGUUGCAUGAAGCUUCUGUAAAGGAUUUAUUAAUCCCGGCACGGCCUCCCCAAACUACAUUACAUGAUGUUGAAAUGGUUCUAUCUAUUGCAAAUCAGUAUAUGAUGCAUAUUCAAGAUUUAUAUGUUGCAAAGAAUGAGACGGGAUGUACCGGUUUUGUUCUAGGGCAUGGAUCCUUGUUGGGUGUUGGUAAAUUGAUUGAUGAGUAUCUUGAAGAAAUUGCGUGUGACCCAAACCUUUCCCUUGCCAGUUUCAUUGACUUGUCUCGGUCUAUACCUGAGUUUGCUAGACCAAUUCACGACGGACUAUAUAAAGCCAUUGACAUGUACCUAAAGGAGCAUCCAAGCUUGACGAAGGCCGAAAGAAAGAAUUUGUGUGGCUUGAUGGAUGUCAAGAAAUUGACAAUGGAUGCAUCUAUGCAUGCUGCACAGAAUGAGAGACUUCCACUACGGGUCGUAGUACAAGUUCUCUUCUUUGAGCAGGUUAGGGCUCUUAACAACAAUCCUUGUGGUGCAUCCCAUUCCACGACCAACACCGAUGAAGAAUCGGAGAAGACUGCAGCUGAAGAUUGCAACUCCCUCGAUAAACAGAUGAGUCGGGUUAAGAUAAACAGGGACGGAUUCCAAAAAAAUGGUAGGUUCGCCAAAAGUAAUAGCAAGAACAGUAAAAGCGAUGUGCAGCUGCUGCCAUCUCGAUCAAGAAAAAUAUACGACAAAUUGUGGGGAUUCGGUAAAGGGCAUGUGGAAAACAGAAGUUCUGAGACAUCUGCAAGUUCGCAAAGCCCAACUUCAAUGGUUCGAGGGGAUACCAAGUCUUCGGGUUCAUCUUCCAGGGACUGGAGACACUCUAUAUCCUAGGGGAAGAAGAUUCAAAAUAUUUUAAGUGUAAAAAGUUUUAGGAUUUUGCUGCAGU